AUGCGGUUCUGCCGAUCCCCAACAUACAUCGAUCUCAAGCACAAGAUAGCUGAGAAGGUUCGCAAAACCGCACAAAAGACUGACUUGCCCACCCGAGCCCUGCUCAGUUGUAUAUCCACAAAUGAUUGCCAACUCGAUUUCACUCCAGCUGCCGGAAGGCAACUCGAAACGGAAAACAUCAACAGCCUGAAGCCCAUAUCGUCCGAGAAUUUCACAGGGGAAGAUCUCGCACGAUGCAUCUUGUCAAACAAAAAUGUCACAAGCAUCCUUCUCCACAAUAUCCCGACGCAGAAACUCGUCGUCGACUACAGCUCUCCAAACAUAGCAAAGCCCUUCCACGUGGGUCACUUGAGAUCAACGAUAUUGGGUAACUACCUGGCGAAUCUGAAGCAGUAUCUCGGCGAUGAGGUCGUGCGCAUCAACUACCUGGGAGAUUGGGGAACGCAGUUUGGCAUCCUGAGUGCAGCAUUCCAACAGAUCGGUUCGGAAGAUCGUCUCAGGAAAGAUCCUCUCAACCACUUGGUGGACGUUUAUGUCAAGGGGAAUAAAAUGUCACAAGCUGACGAAGCCUUCAAACAACGAGCACUCGACGAGUUCGCCAAGUUGGAGGCUGACGAGAAAACAAUCAAGGAUUUCUGGUGGAAGAUCCGGGACAUCAGUCUCAAAGAGUACUUCAAAAUUUACGCCAAGCUAGGAAUAAAGUUUGAUCUCAUCCAAGGCGAAUCGGCGCAUCACAAAGAUACUCUCGAUCUAGUCGAAUCUAUGACGAGGGAGAAACUUCUAGUCGAAAAAGAUGGACUCAGAGGUUUGAUCACCGAAGCCGGGAAAUUCGUUCCCCUAGUGAAAUCCAACGGGUCAACUCUGUAUCUGACCAGGGACAUCUGCGCGGCCAUCUCCCGGAAGAAAAAAUUCAAUGCCGACUCGCUGUUGUACGUGACAGAUAUCUCCCAGGCUGAGCAUUUCCAGAAUUUGGACGAUUGUCUCAAAGUCCUCCGGAGAGGAGAUUUUGACAUCGUUCACGUAAAGUUCAGUAAGAUCCCAGGCUUGAGCACGAGGGAAGGUCAGGUCGUGUUGCUGCAAGAAGUACUGGACGAAGCGGCGAGACGAGCCCUAGAGAGCAUGAAGAUCGCCCAGACGACGAAGGUGGCAGGGGAGGAGAUGGAAAAGACAGCCUUCGAUUUGGGCUUGUCAGCGCUCUUCGUGAAAACAAUGGACUCUCGUCGACUAGGUCGGACAGCUCCAUUCAACUGGGAGACUUGCUUCUCGUGGAAAGGUAACUCGGGGAUCGCGCUACAGUACGCUCACGCGCGGAUCUGCACUCUGCUGGAGACGAAUAAGGGCGUCGAGCCGAAAUUCCAUGAAGAUCAGCUCUGCAAGCUUCUAGAAGAUCCAAAUAUCCGAGAAGCCAUUCUCCAUCUGGCGCGCUUCGACGAGUGUUUGUUGCGGAGCGAUACUUCUCUCGAAUCUUGUGAAUUGGUUCUCUACUUGUUCCAGCUGAGACAUGUGAUCAACAGAACAUUUAAGAGCGCGCGAGUCAAAGACGAAAUUCUCCAACUAGCCGAGAUGCGUUUGCUCGUACUCGUCAGACUCCAGGAAGCUCUAGCGGAAGGUUUACGAUUAUUGGGACUCCGACCUGUGAAGAAAAUGUGAACAGGACUCUGUCGUCAACGACUCCUUUACCUUGUAGAGUAUUUUUAUACGCAGUCAUGCGGCUGUUCUUGUUGAAUAAUAAUCGUGAAUCG